UCCUCGAGCUGUGUACACUGUGACACACACACACACACACACACACACCACACCGCCUCAUAGCUUUCAGCGGCUGCUUCAGUCACUGUCACACAGGGAGACACUGCUACACUGUCAGCCUCUCCACACACACACACACACACACACACACACACCACCGAGAUCCGGGAGCCGCUCCACACCGAGGACCGACACACGGAAAAGUAUCCUGUCCGCGGAGGGACGCAGGGCGGCUGCUGGAGCUGGUGCCGGAGCAGAGCAGAUUUUUCAAGGUGUUAGCUUUACUUUAACAGGCUUCUUCACCCGGCACCUCACCGCCGGACUGACAACAGCUGCUCACGGCCCGAGAGCUGAGAGGAAAGCGACUUUCUUCCGUCAGAAGAUGGCUUCAACUGACUCGCGGCUCCAGCAGCAGCCCUCCCAGAAGGAUGCGGCCGACCAGAACUUUGACUACAUGUUCAAGCUGCUGAUCAUUGGCAACAGUAGCGUGGGAAAAACCUCCUUCUUGUUUCGCUACGCAGACGACUCCUUCACCUCUGCCUUCGUCAGCACUGUGGGCAUCGACUUCAAGGUCAAGACCGUCUUCCGCAAUGACAAGAGGAUCAAGUUGCAGAUCUGGGAUACAGCAGGACAGGAGCGCUACCGCACCAUCACCACAGCCUACUACAGAGGAGCCAUGGGCUUCCUGCUCAUGUAUGACAUCACCAACCAGGACUCCUUCAACGCCGUUCAGGACUGGGCGACGCAGAUCAAGACGUACUCGUGGGACAAUGCUCAGGUGAUCCUGGUCGGUAACAAGUGUGACCUGGAGGACGACAGGCUUGUACCCACAGAGGACGGCCAGCGGCUGGCAGAGGACCUUGGUUUCCAGUUCUUCGAGGCCAGCGCGAAGGACAACAUCAACGUGAAGCAGGUGUUUGAGCGUCUAGUGGACGUCAUCUGUGAGAAGAUGAAUGAGAGCAUGGAGGGAGACAUGAACCUCGUACCCAACCACAGGAACCAGGCCCUUAAGGACUCACCUUCAGAGAGCCACGGGGGCUGUGCUUGCUAAACCAUCUGCCCUCACACCGGCUCCCCCAACACACACACACACACACACUCACACACACUGAUACUCAUACACGAAGACCUUCCUUCUCUGUGCCUCAACCAUGUAAAGUGCCGCACCUCUUCCUCUCUCGUCACUGCCGCUCCGCUUUGUCCACACAGCCCAGCAUGAACCGAAGGGCAGCUAGCUGAGAUAAUCUUCAUCAGUGCUGUCAGACCCCUCUCCUCCCUAGGCCUGUCUGUCUGUCAGGCUUUUACCUUAAAGAGGCCCACUUCCUGUCUCCGCUCUGUGGUGAGCUGAUAGUCCACUAAAACCUGCCCUGUGUUCUGUCCACCCCCGACAUCACCCACCUUGACCACUGCUGCUACAUGAGCAUUUUAAAGUCAGAUAUUUGUGCAGAUAACUCGAAGCUAGUGAUGCCCAAUAGUGUCUGUAGACGGCUGUACUUUUAGCAUCCAUUGUUUUGUUUGAGAUUCAUACAGCACAUGUGCUUAGGUUGCAGCUUUGUACAGCACACUGGAAAUGAUGUACGUCUCAGAAAAGGGCAUAUUGAACUAUGUGAGGAUUAAAGGAACAGAUCCACAUUUUGGGAAAGAGGCUUAUUUGCUAUCUUGUUGCUAUCUUGAUACGACUCUCAUGUCUGUGUGCUAGAAUUGAAGCUACAGCUAGCAGUCGGUUAGCCUAGCUUUGCAUGAAGACUGUUUUUUUUUGUUUGGAUUCACAAACAAAGUCAUCCAUUUCCAUUUUGGUACCUUUGGAGCACGGUGGUUAGCAUUGUCGCUUCACAGCAAGAGGGUCCUCUGUGCAGAGUUUGCAUGUUCUCCCUGUGUCAGCGUGGGUUUCCUCCAGGUGCUCCAGCUUCCUCCCACAGUCCAAAGACAUGCAGGUUAAUUGGUGACUCUAAAUUGUCCGUAGGUGUGAAUGUGAGUGUGAAUGGUUGUCUGUCUCUAUGUGUCAGCCCUGUGAUAGUCUGGUGACCUGUCCAGGGUGAACCCUGCCCUGUUUCCAGUCUUUACGCUAAGCUAAGCUAAGCUAAGCUAAGCGUCUUUAGCUUCAUAUUUGCUGUACAGAUGUGAGAGCGGUAUCAGUCUUUAAAAUAAAUCAGAUUUUAUCAAAUGUUGAGUACACUCAGAAUUUAAGUUUUCUCUUUCUUUAAAGGAAUAGUUCGCCUGCAAAAUGACCAUUUGUAUAUUAGUGACUCACGUGUGUUACUGUGAGUUUGCAAAGACAGCUUUUCUCACACGCCUCCACGGUGAGCAGAGAAUCCUAAAAACGGCAAACAUCCUUCAUGAAUUGAAGUAAACGUGUAUGAGCAACAAACAUAUAUCACACAGCAUGUGUACAACAAUCAAAGUCUCAUUUAUCCAGUUAUAUGCUGAGUACUUACCAAACACAUUCAGGUCUGUUUGGACAGAGUUCAAACCAAGCAGCAGCCUCUGGGGCUGAAAAAUGAAGCCAACAUGGAAGUGUCAAAAACUGCAGUUGUCUGAACGGCCGAUUGAGGCUGGCUCCAAAAGCAUGUCAGUCCCAACAGACCCCCAUGUUAAGAUAACCAACUUUACAGCAGAAAUAAAUGUUUAGAGCCUGGCAAAAAAACACUUUGGGGGUGCCCAGUAGCUCGGCUGGGAGAACAGGCGCCCAUGUGUAAAGACCAUGUCCUUGCUGCAGUGGCUGCAGGCUCAAUCCAACCUUUUGGUCUCUGCAGCUAAUUUCAACAUUCAUGACAACUGUACAAGGGGCUUUUUUAAUAGGGCUUUUUGCCUUUAACUGAAAGCACAGUUAGCAUCAAAGGGGGAAAGAGGGGGAACGACAUGCAGCAAAGGGCGACAGGUUGGAGCCAAACCCGCGGCAAGGACAAGGCCUUUGUACACAGGCCACCUGCUACACCAGGUGAGCCCCAGGGAGAUCACUUUUAUAUAACUCACCUGUUUACACUUUAUUCAGGCUUCGGUUGUCUGUCAAUAGUGUCCUCGGUUCCUCCACAGCUCCACCCUCUCAUCCAAAUAUGGUCUCUUCUGGCUCCAAAACACCAACAUGGCGACCGCUAAAUUUGCCAAACUUGAUGCUUCAAAACAGGAGUCCACAAACCAACGGGUGAUGUCACAAUAGCUACGACCAUUAUUUUUGUGGUUCACAUGCACACGCGUGCCCAUGCACGCUAGUCGGCUGUGCAUGAGGCAGUUUGUAAUGAUGUGUUUACAAAGUCUCCGCAGCUCAUGCAGUAUAACCCAAGUCUCAUGUAACCAGUCAUAUACUCAACACUUCCCAAAACAAAAAUAUAUUUUGCAAACGGAUGGUUUUGCUGGUGUUAAACACAGUCCCCCGGUGACUUCAAUUCAUGAAGAAUGUUUGCUUUUUUUGGAUUCUUCGUUCAUCGUGGAGGCGUGCGAGAAAAACAGAGUUAUUUUCACAAAUUCGAGGUAACUUUGCAGCGAACAACUGAAACACAAAUGCUGACUUUGCAGGAGAAGUGUUCUUCUAAAUAUGGACAUGUCAGUGCAGUGAAGCUAAGGAAAACAAAUAUAUUCGUUAACGUUGUUUUUCGGGUUAAAGUCAUUAUCAGGUGCUGAUGACUCGACACUGUAUCCACCCGAGAUGAUUUCUCUGUUGUGAGAUGUGAGGUCAGUUAUGAAAAGCAUAAACAAUGAUGAAGAGAACCUACCACGUGUCAUUGUGAACCUCAUCUAUACCUGGAUGUUAAUGCCAGUCUUGUGGUGCCCUUCGCCUCCCUCAGCGCCUCUCGGAGGCUGCUGAAGCCUUUUCUCGUGCGCUCAUAGUGAGACACCUGGGGGGCAGUGGCGGUAAAUAUCAUUUAACACUGGUGACUCUUGUACUCAUCACAUGACCUGACCUCAUGGCAUGUCCUCGCUCAACCCCUUUGUGCCACUCUUUCUUUAUCACCUUCGCACACACACACAUACAACACACACACUCACACACGGCUCCUCUGACUGCAGCAUGGCAAAAGAGUUGGCAUGGCAAACCUACUAUGCUUCAUAACUGAGUAUUUACAAAGUGGUGAAUUAUGUUUUUUUUCUUGUUACUGACAUAAUGACUGUUUUGUGGAAAUGCAGCACAGUGUAUGUGUGUGCGUGUGUGUGUACGUGUGUGUGUACUCAGAAAGGGAAGAACACUGCUCUCUGAGCAGGAUAAAUGUCGGGCCUCAAAUGUGCUGUUGCCACUAUCAGGAGAAGCAGUGAGCUGGUGCACAAUGUUAGUUAAAAGGGUCACUUUAUUUGCCUUUACUGUAAUGUCUCAUCUCGUCACUGAAGUGAAUGGAAAGAGGUUUUAUCUUCUCCACAUUAUGCUGUAUUCGCCAUCAGCUAUCUGUACAUUAAAAUGCUUUUUUGCUCCUCUACAUAUUGUAACAUGUCAGUAUUGACCUCCCUCUGCUGAAAACCUCUGAUUCAUGAAAUUGAAAUACAAAGACUUUCGAUUGCACCAUAAAUCAGGAAUAGAAAAAAAGUAACAGUGCCAUUUGUCCAUCCCUGUCCAUGUGCAGACUACUGACUGUCAGUUAGUAUCAACCGUAACCUCUGCACCAUGAUAACAGCUUCACGUUGCCAUGGCAAAGCCCGUCGUUGGGUCACAACUGCACAACUGGUGCUUCGGCCCUGUUGCUGUACGAGCCUGUGGUCAGUUAUCUCUGCAGCCAGUGUGCGCUGCUGAGUAGUGAUACAGUUUUACAGAUGGCUGAUAUUAUCAUCUCAGGGGCAGAUCACCCCCCCAAAUCAAACAUACAUAUUUUCCCUCUUACCUGUAGCCCUGUUUAUCAGUCUAGAUUGUUGUGAUGUGAGUUGCUGAGUGUUGGAGAUAUCAGCCGUAGAAAUGAAAGUGAAAUUGCUCAAGUGUGGGGUGGUUUUUUUUUUAGCACUACAAAGCGAGAGCAGGCAGACAUCUGUGAUACACCGACACAUUCUCACUCUGACCUUGUCGCACAUUGACGUUUGGUCAUGGACUUUCCACCUCGAGAGAUACAACCUGCAAGGUACCCUGGGUGUGUUGGUUGUUGACGUUCUGGGACACCGUGUCAAGGUCAUUUCUUUCAACAUACACUUCUACGUUCACAGGAACUUUAAUGUUUACUUACAGUCUUUUUCAAAAUAAACGCACUACAUCAGUACAA